UAUUUUUAUAAUUUACACCGUUCCUGUAUUUUCACAUUCCCUUUACAUUCAAUUUCAAUGUAAAAUUACAUCAGUAACUAUUUAUCCAGACGUAGGUUAAAGUUGUUUUUAUUUUGACGUGUCAAACAGCACAAUUCUAUAAACGCCUGAUCGAGCAUUGAAAAGUUGUCCCCUAGGGGAAACUAACACAUGCACAUAGCUGGCUCAGUUUCGUUUCGUUGUUACUAGUUGUAUCACGAGGUCCAUGAUUCUAAGCUUACUAAAAUUCGCGCGUGUUCAGUACAUAAAUACAAAAUAUUACUGAAUACCGAGAGAUCUAAAGACGUAUAAAAUAUGUAUAAAAUGAUAAUAUAAGCGGUGAGGAUGAACUGCGAGCCCGCCGAGUGUAAUCACGUGUUCGAAAGUUAAAACGAUACUGAAAAUGAUCAUCAGGAAAGCAAUCUGGCCUCGCACAUUGAGCGAUUUCUUUUCUAUGAGUUUUAUAUUAACAAUCGUACCAAUAAUAUAUUGGUUUGAGCUGUGGGUAGUUUUACCGGCAACAUACAAGCAUGACUCAUUGUCCUACACUUUAAACUUCCUAUUUGGAAAUUUUAUUAUGAUAAACAUCGUCGGGAAUUUUACAUACACAAUAUUCUGUGACACGAGCACCAGAAGAGACAUUAUGCCGAUAAGUGCUGCAAACACAAAAGAUGGGUGGAGGCUGUGCACUACCUGUGAAACGUUAGCACCCCCGCGCUCGUGGCAUUGCCCCACUUGUAAUGUAUGCAUUUUAAAAAGGGACCAUCACUGCAUCUUCACAGGAUGUUGCAUCGGUCAUUUUAAUCAUAGAUACUUCAUUAUGCUUCUUUUGUACUUGUUCGUAGCUACAACGUAUAGCUUUUAUUAUAACAAUUUCUUUAUAUGGAGCAGGGUACGCUUCGAAUUUCCUAUGUCAAUUAUCAAAAUUGUUCUGCCUUUAGCGAUAUUCGUUUUCGGCUUCGACGGUUCUAUCAAUCAAUUUUAUUUACUUCUAUACAUUGUAUCAGUAGUGGGAAUGUUGUAUACAGGUGUUCUAUGCAUUUAUCAUGUCUCUUUAGUGCUUAACGGUAAUGUAGCCAAUGAGAGUAAUAAAAGGAUUCGUACGUAUGAUCUAGGAUGGAAACAGAAUAUAAAGGAAGUGUUCGGUGAAAGAUGGUACCUUACGUGGUUACUUCCUUAUAUAAAAUCUCAAUUGCCACAUAAUGGUAUUAUUUGGACUACGUCAAAUUCUUGGCAAUGCACGAAUCCCAAGAGGAAAUAAAGUCUGUACAUAUUUUUUUAUGU